UUAACGGUCCAAAUAGCCAUUCAACAUAACAUAAUACGCUGCUAAGAAUGCAAAACAAUGAAGAUAAAUAAAAGCCAAGACGACAACAAAUCCAACGUAAAAUAAUUAAUUAACUCAUUUUGGGCCUGUUCGUUGAUUUGCCGUGGGCCGUGGGCCGCAAUGGAGGACAACGGCAGCAUGUGUAAAAGUGUGAGGUUUGCAGCCGAAUCUGUUGUUGCCGAGACAUCGACGGCAGCCAGUGCAGCCAGCACAUCCACCAGCAAUGGCAAGGGUGUGCAGCUCAAGCUGGCAGCAGUGGCCGAGCCCGAGGAACUGCUGGGCUCGGUGACCACACAAAAUUGCCCGGGCACCCGAGCGAGCGCGCGCGUCAUACAGAAAAUGAAGUUGGAUCUGACGCGUCCGAUGACACCGCCGCCAGUGGAGCGUGAGCACAACAAGAAGGAGGAGAAGGCCGCCCAGAAGACGCCAUCGCAGCUGCGUGCGGCCAGUAAAACGACCUGGACAAAUUUGGAGCGCAACUGUUUCUUCGAUGCGCUCAACGAGUUUGGCAAAGAUUUCGAGGCGGUGGCCAACUGCAUCAAUGCCAAGCUGAAGCGUCGCAACUCCAGCAGCGACUACAGCUUCAAGACCAAGGACCAGGUGCGCCAGCAUUACUAUCAGACAUAUCACAAGAUUGGCAAAUAUGUGCGCUUCACUGAUGAGCUCAAGAAGCCCGCCCAAGAGCUCUACACGCUGAUUAACUAUGGCGAGAUGCGGCGCAAGCUGCAGUUCCUCACGGAGAAGCACUUCAUGAAGCUGAAGCAGCUGAUCUACCAGGGCCACAUCACGGUGCGCAGCAAGGGCAAGAAUAUACGCAUCAAGACGCCCUCGUGCAAGGCGCUGCGACGCCUCAAUCAGCUGGACGACACCUUGGAGGACAUUCGCCUGCCCAGCAAGAUCGAAGUGCUGGUCAGUCCGGCGAACAUGGAGGCCUUUGGUCGUGUCCAGGCGCUGGCCCAAAAUCCGCGCGGGCGAGCCAUUGUGCCGCUGCACAAGAAGCUCAUCACGUUCAUCAAGACGUUCCAGUACAAAUGGCGCAGUCCCGACGUUCGCCUGGCGGAGCAGCAUCUCCAAUCGAGCAGCGCCACUGCAGCCACUGCGAACACCACCGCUGCCGCCACUGCUGCCGCCCCCGCUGCUGCCGGCAGCGCGGAACCAGCCGAGACCUACACGGAGCCAACGGUCUGCUUUCUGCCCAAGCCAGGCGUGCCCAUACACCGCCCGCUGCUCAGCAUUACGGCGUACUUGAGCAGCGUCAACAUCUGCCUGGCCGCCUACGAGGAGCGUCUGGGCGUCAAGGUGCGCAGCGAGACACUGGACAGCACCGCAGCUGCAGCAGCGGCAAGCGCCAAGCGGGCACGCACCGAGAGCGGCUCGGAGAAACGUUCGCCAGAGACGAAGAAACUGAAGCCACAGUCCAGCCCGGCGCACGACAAGUCCAUGGACGAGCUGGCCGAGGCGAGCAAUCACGUAAAGCUAGAGAGUAGCAGCGGCGACGAGCUGAGCGAAGAGAUCAAUGAUUUGCUCACAUCCACAAGCGCUAGCGGUGCAGCUGAGCCAGUCGAGAGUAGAGUAGCUGCUCCGCCGCCACCAGCGCCGCCCGCACCACCUGCUCCAGCUCCGGCUCCGGCCCCGGCACCGGCACCGGCACGUGCCAAACGCAGCGAGGGCCCUGGCGCUGGCGGCGGCAAGGGCUCCAGGGCAGCGGCUGCAGCGCGCAACUUCAAGCCGCUGCUCAGCGACGACGUGAUCAAGCGCAUACGCCGCGGCUGGACGAUAGCGAACUCGGCGGACAUCACCAUCGGGGAUCUGUAUGUGGUGCUGGGCCAGGACUCCAAGCUGGAGCUCGAGUAUUACUGGUGCGAGCCGGAGGUGGGCACGUCGAGCAGCGCCACUGGCGUCACCGCCUCGACGUCCACGUCAGCAUCGACAUCGCUGCCCUACAAUGCCAACGACUGUGAUAGCGUGGAGCGCGUCAAGGCCAUCAAUACGGCGUCGGUGAGCAACAAGCUGAAGCAUCUGCUGCUCGUCGCCAAUCUCAGCGAGCGCGUGCGCAAGCGCCAGUGCAGCUGCGGCCACAGCUGCGAUCGCAAGCGCGAUCUCAUCACGAAGGCACGCUGUAUGAGCAAUCUGGUCGGCUCUGGGCCCGGAGCGGCAGCGGGCGGUGCAGCUCCGGCAGCCAGCGGCAACUCUGGCGAUGGCAACGAGGUUGUCUUUCGCACGCCCAUGCUGCCAGUGCGUCGGCCCAUGGUCAACAUCAUUGAUCCAGUGCGUCAGCUGAGCAAGCUCAGCCGACAAAAGCUCUCACGGCAGGUGCUAGUGCAGCGUUGCCUCCUGCCGCCGUCAUCGGUCGAUCAGCCGUACGAUGUGCUCAGCCUGCAGAACGGACUCUUCGAGCCCAUCGACCGCGUCAGCAGCAGCAGCAACGCUGAAAACGAUGAGAUCAACGCUGUGAUAUCUAAGCUGAAUGCAAUCAGCAGCAGCAACGCCAGGCAGCGGCGGGCGGAAGCCGAGGAUCGCAACAGCAGCGCCGGCAUGGGCAGCAGCAACAAUAACAACUACAACAACAUCGAAUACAACGUCUCGGGCGUCAGCGGGCUGGACAUGCCGAACUUGGACUUCUGCCCGGAGCCAACAACACUGCCAGCCACAAGCACGACUCUGCCCGAGGAGGUGCAGGACGAAAGCACUUCUCAAAGCUUCUUCAAUGGCAGCGUCAGUCCGAUGCAUUUGCUGCGCGACUCCACGUCCAAUGCACGCUGGCUGGAGGAGAAUAUCAAUGACUUUUCGCUGACCAGUUUGCUGGGGCAUCUGGAUGACUUUGAUGCCACGCGCGAUAUACUGGAUCCGUCGUCUUCCAUGUCGGUGAUCAGUGAGAGCAGCGUGGAUUAUCGUCACAAGUUUCAGGAGAUUUCGGCUCUGUUGCAGCAGCAGGAGAAGGAUUAGCACACUAGAAAUCGGCCUCUAGGGCCA